AUGAAUACCAAUAUCAAUACCAGUAGCCAAGCUACCCCGCAGCAAAUCGGAGGUAAAGUAUACAUUCUAGCAGCUGCCAGGACACCAACUGGCAAGUUCAAUGGCGCCUUGAAAACACUCUCCGGCCCACAACUUGGAGCAGUGGCAAUCAAAGCCGCUAUUGCAAAAGCCAAUAUUCCCAUCAAGACCAUCCAAGACGUAUACAUGGGCAACGUCCUUCAAGCCAACGAAGGCCAAGCCCCCGCUCGUCAAGCUGCACUAUUCGCCAGUCUACCAUCGUCGGUGGAAGCGGUCACGAUAAACAAAGUCUGUGCGUCUGGUCUCAAGGCCGUCAUCUUUGCGGCGCAAAAUAUCCAGUUGGGACUUGCAGAGGCCCAGGUCGCAGGCGGGUUCGAGUCGAUGUCUAGAGUCCCUUAUUAUCUGCCACGACCAGCACAGGGUCCGGUAUUUGGUGCGCAGACGGCAGAAGAUGGACUCAUCAAAGAUGGUCUAUUGGAUGUUUAUAAUGAGUGUCUGAUGGGAGCCUGUGCUGAUAACUCUGCUCGGCAAGAGGGGAUUUCUCGGAAAUCCCAGGACGACUUUGCUAUACAGUCAUUUCGAAGAGCGCAGAAAGCGUGGACGGAGGGUCGUUUUGACGAAGAAAUUGCUCCAGUUACGAUCGAAACCAAAGCUGGCAAAGUACAGAUCAAGGUUGACGAAGGAUAUCUUGAUCUGAAGGAGUCCAAAAUUCCGAGUCUUAAGCCUGCUUUCGUGCAUGAUGGCUCGGGAACUAUCACGGCCGCAAGCUCGUCAUCAAUGAAUGACGGUGCCAGCGCUGUUGUACUUGUUUCGGAUAAAUUGGCCGCUUUGCACAGCAGUCCGAGUCAGAAGCUGUGUCGGAUUAUAUCGUAUGCGGAUGCGGCUUUGCAUCCGAUGGAUUAUUCACUGGCGCCUGCUAAGGCUAUCUCUAUUGCGUUGAAAAGGGCAAACCUUCAAAAAGAGGAUAUCGCACUUUGGGAGGUCAACGAAGCCUUUGCGGCGGUCAUCAAAAUAACUGAAAAGCUACUCGGCCUUGAAAAUACAAGUGCCAAGAUGAACGUUCUGGGCGGAGCAAUCGCUUUGGGGCAUCCACUCGGAAGCUCUGGAUCUCGAAUUCUCACUACGCUGGUUCAUCAGCUGAAAGUUGGCGAGUAUGGCGUUGUUGGAAUUUGCAAUGGAGGCGGUGCUGCGAGUGCCAUGGUAAUUCAGAAAGUAGAGCGAGUCGAGGGCUCGGAAGACGUGGAGAAAAGUUCGAAGCUCUGA